AUGAAUCGAAUGGCUCUAAAGAAGUCUUCUUACGGUAUGGAAGAUGAUGAUGACGACGAGGAGGAAGAGGCCGACGAUAAGGGAGGCGAUUCAACUGAUUCCGAUUUUGACGACGAUGAAGAUCCGGACGAGAUUGAAGUACCAGGUGGUGGAAAAGAUCUUGCAACGGUUGCCACGUUGACAAAGAAGUACAAAACGGAAUCGGCCAGCUCUUCGAACGUUGUCGGCGGUACUGGACUGAACCGGAUCGGAAUGGCAGCAACCGGCAUUAACAAAACCGAUCCACAAUCGCAACAACCACCGCAGCAAAAGGAACCCCCAGUGCAACAACUGAACAAGAUCACCAACUUUGUGAUUAAGCAACCCUCCAAAGAUUCGAUUGCGGCGGCUAGUGGUGGUACGAUUUUGUCAAACGCAAGCCUCACCACCACCGCCAUGAAACCAAGCGUCGGUUCUAGGAUAGGUGGGGUUGGUACGAUACCGGGCACCGGUGGCAGUGUCGGCGAAGGAAGAAAGAUGACCACGGCAGGAGGUGGUGGUGGUGGUCCAUCGAGCUCAUCUUCAUCUUCGUCGGUGGGUGGCAGUCAACAUUGGGUGGGUGGUGGUCCUAGUGGUGUUGGCCAUCAUCCCAAGCCAAUCGGUACGUCAAAAGGAAUAUUGCAUGCGACAACAGCGGCAACGGGAAUGGGAACGGCGACAACAACGAUAAUUCCACCGGUCACUGGAACGAUGCCACCAGGAGCGACCAGCAUACUGGGCGGCCUGGGAAGCUACUAUCCGCCCAGCAUUGCCACUCUGCUGGCGCAGAUGGAAAUGUCCGGUAUGGGCUACGGUGGAAACUCAUCGCUCGGUGGUGGCAUUGGUGGCGGCACCAGCACGAUCGGUGCCGACAGCAUGAACAAAAUCAUGACCAAUCAGCUAAUGCUCCAAAACCUGCAAGCGAUGCUGGUGGCGAAUCCACACUAUCUGACGAGCGGCAUACCGACUCAACUGAUCUCACAAAUAGUGAUGGCGGAUCCCAGCAAGUUGCAGUUGAAUCAAAUGCCCGAAGAGGAGGAAGCGGAAGAUGAGGAGAUGGGUGUGGCUGAAACUUACGCUGAAUAUUGGCCCGCAAAAUUGAAAAUUGGUAAGAAGCAUCCAGAUCCUGUAGUAGAAACUGCUUCACUAUCAUCCGUGGAGCCAUGUGAUGUGUACUAUCAGGUAUCCAUCCCUUCGGAGACGAUCAAUGGUGGAUUGUUGAGUGCACUGCAGUUAGAAUCGAUUACGUACGCAAGUCAAGCACACGCCCAUUUACUACCGGACGGAACGCGGGCCGGCUUCUUAAUUGGUGAUGGUGCUGGUGUGGGCAAAGGCCGUACGAUUGCCGGUAUCAUAUACGAGAACUACUUGAAGGGACGCAAAAAAUCCAUCUGGAUAUCGGUGUCGAAUGAUUUGCGGUACGAUGCGGAGCGAGAUUUGCGUGACAUCGGUGCAGGCAAAAUCGAAGUUCUUGCACUGAACAAGCUAAAGUAUGCCAAAAUUAAUUCCUCCGUUAAUCACAAUGUCAAGAAGGGUGUCAUAUUCGGUACCUACUCCGCGCUGAUCGGUGAAUCGCAAAGUACGGCCGGAAAGUAUAAGUCAAGGCUUAAGCAACUGCUGCAGUGGUGUGGCCCAGACUUUGAUGGCGUUAUCGUGUUUGACGAGUGUCAUAAGGCGAAGAAUUUGUGCCCAGUAGGUUCGAGCAAACCGACCAAAACGGGUCUAACGGCUCUAGAGUUACAGAACAAGUUGCCCAAGGCACGCGUUGUGUAUGCCUCUGCUACGGGAGCGUCUGAACCGCGCAACAUGGCAUACAUGGUGCGACUGGGAAUCUGGGGCCAGGGGACACCUUUUCCAUCCUUUAACGAUUUCAUACAGGCCGUUGAAAAGCGUGGCGUCGGUGCAAUGGAAAUUGUGGCAAUGGAUAUGAAGCAACGCGGAAUGUACAUUGCUCGACAGCUAAGCUUCCAUGGUGUAACGUUCAAGAUAGAGGAGGUACCAUUGACGAAAGACUUCAAGCAGGUGUAUGAUGCAUCAGUUGAAUUGUGGGUAGAAGCAAUGCAAAAGUUUACCGAAGCGGCAGAACUGAUCGAUGCUGAAAGCCGCAUGAAGAAAACGAUGUGGGGCCAGUUCUGGUCGGCGCAUCAGCGUUUCUUCAAGUAUCUUUGCAUCGCCUCGAAGGUAAACCACGCGGUGAAAGUAGCACGGGAAGCCAUCAAGUACGGCAAGUGUGUCGUGAUAGGUCUGCAAUCGACCGGUGAAGCUCGUACGCUUGAACAGCUAGAGCGUGACGAUGGAGAACUGAGUGAUUUUGUUUCGACGGCAAAAGGUGUGUUGCAAUCCUUGGUAGAGAAACAUUUCCCAGCACCGGAUCGAAAUCGCAUCAAUCGAUUGCUCGGUCUGACGGAUAGCCGUACCCAGCUGAACAGUAUUCUGCAAGAUAUUGCCCGAAGCAAGAAGGAGGCGGCCGGUGGUGCUUCGUCCACCGGGCUGGAUGCAAAACGUAAACGUGCCGGAAUGGGUACAACGAAAGCGACGGGCAUGCCAAAGACAAAGCGUUCCAGAAAUAAUGGUUCAUCGGAUGAGGAGGAUGGUUCUUCGUCCGAUGCAUCGUCUUCCGCUUCUUCGCCGAAACGAUCAAACGAAUCGGAUUUCCAACCGUCUGACAGUGAACCGGAAGAAAGCGACAAUGACAACGACCAUUAUGACAGUGCUGCCAGUCAGAGCGAUGAGUACAAUCCCUUUUUUACCGGGUCGGGCAGUGACGAUGAUGAUCCAUGGGUAAGCAGCAAAACGAAAUCAUCCGCUGGCAAAGCGAAAGUGAAGACGAAAAGUAAACCACCGGUAGCAACGACGGCCGCGGUUGCGUCAGCUGUAGCAGCUGCAACAACGGCUGCGAGGAAGAAACCGGUCAGCACGCAGGAUAAGAUACAGGCACACCUGACGAAGAAGCAAACCGACACAAAACCAACGACGAUUCAGUCAAGUAACGGAUUCUCCAUUCAACUGGCCGGUGGUCCACCGCCUAAGGACGCAAUCGAACGGGCGUGCCAGAUGAAGGACGAAUUGUUGGCAAAAAUAGAACGUUUAGGUGAUCGACUGCCUGCCAACACGCUCGAUCAGCUCAUCGACGAACUGGGAGGACCGGAAAACGUUGCCGAAAUGACGGGUCGCAAGGGUCGGGUGGUACAGAAUGACGACGGAUCGAUACAGUACGAAUCCCGCUCGGAGCAGGACGUACCACUGGAAACGCUUAACAUAACGGAAAAGCAACGCUUUAUGGACGGCACAAAGGAUGUGGCAAUCAUCUCCGAGGCCGCUUCUAGUGGUAUUUCGCUGCAAAGCGAUCGGCGAGUUCGCAACCAACGACGACGCGUACACAUAACGCUUGAGCUGCCGUGGUCCGCCGAUCGUGCGAUCCAGCAGUUUGGUCGUACGCAUCGUUCGAACCAGGUGAACGCACCUGAAUACAUGUUCCUUAUCUCAGACUUGGCCGGUGAGCGGCGAUUCGCUUCCACUGUGGCUAAACGGCUUGAAUCACUCGGAGCCCUCACGCACGGCGAUCGACGAGCGACUGAGACGCGCGAUUUGUCACAGUUCAACAUCGACAACAAGUAUGGCCGCACGGCACUGGAAGCGGUGAUGAAGACGAUUAUGGGUUACGAGGCACCGAUUGUGCCGCCACCGGCCGACUAUCAGGGCGAAUUCUUUAAGGAUGUUGCAGGUGCGCUUGUUGGCGUGGGUUUAAUCGUCAACAGCGAACAGAUGCCGGGAGUGUUGAGUCUGGACAAGGACUACAACAACAUAUCGAAGUUCCUGAACCGUAUUCUCGGUAUGCCGGUCGAGCUGCAGAACCGGCUGUUCAAGUACUUUACCGACACGCUGGAGGCUACGAUCGAGCAGGCGAAGAAGCGGGGCCGGUUCGAUUUGGGUAUAUUGGAUCUUGGUGCAGCAGGUGAAAACGUGACACGUAUCAAGCUGAUUCGAUUUGCCCGCAAACAUUCUACUGGUAUUGCGCCAACCGAGCUGCAUGUCGUUAAGGUGGAGCGUGGCAUGAUCUGGCAGGAAGCAAUCGACAAAUGGGCCGAACUUGAUGGCGAAAAGGAAGGUUUCUACAUCACGCAGCACCCCCGCAACGGUAAAUACAACGUGAUACUGGCGAUCGAGAUCGAGAAUCCGGCCAAGAAGAAAGCACUGUCCGGGAGCGGCGUGAAGGGCAAGAAGGAAUCCACACUGUUCCAGAUCUACCAUCCCAACACGGGCCUACAGUUCAAGCACGAGACGCUGGCUGAGUUGGAGAAGAAGUACAAAAAGGUGCUCAGCAUGGAAGCGGAACCACACUGGACGCAGUUGUACGAUGCAUCGGUCAAUACCUGCUCGCACAGCUACUGGAAGGGUCAGUGUCGGAAUGUUUCCCUUGGUCAGGAAUGUGAGGUUGGUUUGCGACGACGCACGUACAGUGUACUGUCCGGUUCGGUACUGGCCGUAUGGGCCCGGGUCGAGAAUAGUUUGGCAGCACGCAUCGGUGCCCAGUCGCGGCUGCAAGUAAUUCGCCUGAAGACGAAGGAAGGCGUUAAGAUCGUCGGUACGCUCAUUCCAAAGAAUUGCGUCGAGCAGUUGGUAAAAGAUCUGGCCAGCGAUUCCGAGAAGGUGGAUGAGGUGAUCUUUGACGAUCAGUAAAGUUCGAAUUUAA